AUGUUCAAACAUAAAUCAGCUUCAUUUCAUGAUGCUAGUAUUGAUACUCAAAUUAAAUUCAAACCUCCAAAACCAGAAUUAAUUUCAAAUUCUACUAAAAGAAAUUCUGAAGUAUUGUCUCAUGUAAUUAUCUGAAUCUCUAGAUUAGCCUCCAGAAUUAUUAGCCAAACUAUAUUAAACAAAUAGACUUUUAGAAUAAAAUAUAAUAAAGCUAAAUGAAGCAUAAUAAAGAUUAGCUUAAAAAGAAGAAGAAAUAUUAGAUUUGAAAUAAAAACUAAAAAGCUCAACAAAGGAUUUAAAUGAAAAGAAUGAUAAAAUUGCAUAAUUAACAGAACAAUUAAAAACAUCCAAAAUUGAGGUUAGGAAAACCUUUUCAGAUAGAGGUAAUUAAGAAUUACAAUAAAAACUUUAUAAUGUUUCUUAACAUAAUGAAGCCUUAUUUUAAGAUUAUUAAUCUGUACUAUUACAGAAUUAAAAUUAUUAGUAACAAAUUAUAGAACUUUAAGAUUAAUUGAAUUCUAUAUCUUAUAGAUUAAGAGAAUCUGAAUAAGCAAUUCAAUUGAUUAAAUAAACAGAAACUAAAGUUAAUUAUUUAGAAUUAGAUUUGGAUAGACUAGAAGAAAAAUAAAAAAAGUCAUUUCCUGAAAUGAUGAAAUAAAAUUAAUAAUUGAAAAUCCAAUAUGAGACUAAUUUAUAGCUCUUAAAUUGUGGAGUAGAUUAUAUAGGCACUCAAUUUUAAAAAUCCAUAUCAACUUUAACUAAGUAACUCUAAAUGAUUUCAAAAUUUUCAAAAAGAAAUGUUGUAUUAUCAGAUACUUAAUUAACAUUUUAUGGUUUAAAUACAUUGGCACAAUAAACCAAUUCAAAAAGAGUUUAAUAAAUUCUGUAAAAAAUGAACAUUAGUGAAACCCUUUAAAGUUGGUUGGAAGGUAUUGUUACAUUUUUAAUGAUAAAUUGUUAAGAAAUAUUGUAAAAAGAGGUUGAUAAAAAAUUAGACAAAUUGUCAAAGCAAAUAACAUAAGUUCAUGAUAUUGCCAUUUAAUUAGCAACAUCUUAUGAUUUUAUGAGAUUUGGAAAAAAUGUAUUUUAUAAUAUUAAAUUAUAGAGAUUUAAUAAUCUAAGUGCUAAUAGUUAAAAAUCAAGUAGUUUUUGUUCGAGAUUAAAUGAUAAAGAAAAUGAAGAAUAUUCUUAGAAUACUAAAUUAAAAGAUUUUUUAGAUUUAGCAUUAAUGUAUAAAUAUUUUUAUUAUUUUAAUAGUAAAUUGGGUGAGCAUUUGGCUUAAAUUUAAUAAAUAAAUAUUGAAUUAUAAGUAUCAAAUUUUUAGAAUAAAACUUCAAGAGAAUUACUAAUUGAUCUUAAAGAAUAAUUACAUUUGCAUCAAAAUUUAGCAAAUUUUUUAAAAAAAGAGUUAAUUUCAAUAAAAAAAGAAAUUAGUAGUCAUUCUUAGAGAGGAUAAGCCAAGAAAUAUAGUUACAUGCCUAAAAUAAUAUGA